AAUAUAUUUGUGUUUGCCGCAGACACCGAUGCUCUCUAGCGCCACCUUCAGAUCAUCAUCAUGACGAGAGAGCCAUCAGUCCUGCUGCUGCUCCUAACACUGCUGGACACACAGCUGUGUCUUUGUGAGGACGGGGUCGUCGUGGCGAUGAUGUCAGCGGAGCAGGUGAGCGAUAUCCCAGAAUCCUCUCUUGAUCUGAAAGAGACGCGCGAGCAGAUCCUCGCGGCCCAGUUUGAGUGUUACCUGAAGAUCAUGUACGAGCCGCCACGCAGCGACCCGGGGCCGUACUGUAACCGCACCUGGGAUGGUUGGCUCUGUUGGGGAGACUCCGCCCCCGGCACCGCAGUCCAGCUCUGCCCCGCCUACUUCAAGGACUUCGAUCCAAACGAGAAAGUGACCAAAGUGUGUGACUCAGACGGUCACUGGUUUCGUCACCCGGAAAGCAACCGUCUGUGGUCCAAUUACACACAAUGCUCAGCUUACACGAAGCAGAAACUCCAGCUCACACUCAUCAAUUAUUAUCUGGGGAUGGUCGGCCACGUCCUGUCCAUCAUCUCGCUGUUCGUCUCCAUCUGCAUCUUCUCAUACUUCAAGUGUUUGAGCUGCCAGCGAAUCACGCUUCAUAAAAACAUGUUCACCUCCUUCAUCCUGAACUCGUUCGCCACCAUCGGCUGGUUCUACUUCGUCAUCGAAUCUCAGCAGACCAGAACAGACUCGUCUCAGAUCGGCUGUAAGCUGCUGGCUAGCAUCAUGCAGUACACGUCCUGCUCUAAUUAUUUCUGGAUGCUGUGUGAGGGGAUCUACCUGCACACGCUCAUCAUCGUGGCUGUGUUUGUGGGCGAGCAGCAGCUGGGCUGGUAUUACGUCCUCGGCUGGGGUUUUCCAGUGAUCCCCGCGGUCCUGCACGCUGUGGCACGUCUGCUCUUCCACGACGACAGGUGUUGGUCCAUGAACACAAAGCUGCUGUACAUCACACACGGCCCCAUUCACGUCGCUCUGCUGGUGAACCUGUUCUUCCUUCUGAACAUCGUGCGGGUGUUAAUCACCAAACUGCGGGUCACUCACCACACCGAGACCAAUGUGUACAUGAAGGCGGUUCGUGCCACCAUCAUCCUGGUUCCUCUGCUGGGCGCUCAGUUCAUCCUGGUGCCGCUGGAGCCCAGCGGACGCAUCUCUCUGGCCGUCUACGAGCUCUUCAUGAACAUCUUUGUGCAUUACCAGGGUCUCCUGGUGGCCGUAAUGUUCUGCUUCUGUAAUGGAGAGGUGCAGUCGGCACUGAGGCGCAAGUUUGCGCAGUAUCGCGGUCAGCGAAAGCGCAGGCGUCUGGUGACCACUGACUCUCAAUGUAACUACCACACCAACUCGUCCAUCACCGAGACCAGCCGGGUCACCAUCAGCCUGGAGCACGGCCCGAUCAACACGAACGAUAAUGCGCAUGCGCUGAACAGCCAGAGCAACGGCAAACGCUGCUCCAGCGACGUCCUCGAGUCGACUGAAAUAUGAGCUUCUGUCUAAUCAUGCGCAUUAAUACAGUGCAUUCCCAGCUAACAAACAUGUACUAGGAACAUUUUGCUUACGU